AUCAUUUGACAAUUUGUGAAGAUGAGAUUAGAGGGUGGUAUGGGUUUUCUCUUGGCUGUUCUUUUUGCAAUUACGCUCAUUUCUCAUAUGGUAACAGCCGAAGCACAACGAGAACGAGUAGUGUCCAUUCCACCGCCACCACGGGCUACCGGAAGUUGGGGCGGCAGCUGGAGUUGUUGGGGUGACCGCCUAUGCGACAAGAAAAGAGUGCGAAGACCGGUAUCACCACCACGUGCUAUCCGCAAGAAAGGACGUUAAGAUGAUAAAGUCAAGAUAAUGGUGAUGGUGUGUGGGUUACAUGAGCAAGAGAAUCCGUCCUCCUACUAAUAAUAUGUACUCUUUAUCUCGAAAUUAAUAUAUAUGGUCUUUGAGUAUUAAAUGUGUUAGAUUUGUUCAUCUUCAGUUUUAGAUAUAACC